AUGGCGUGUUCCACCCUCCCAGCCCCCGACACAAAGACAGAAAGAAAAGGGAACUGCGAUAAAGAGGGUGAUAUGCACUGUGCGAUCAUCCAGGAGACAAAGGACAUAAAAGGGAAAAGGAGCAGGAAGAAAAAGCCAGCCUGUAGAACAGACUCUGCCUCAGAGGAGCGCCAGGCAGUGAGUGGACGGGAGCGGGGUGGACAGGAGCGGAGUGGACGGGAGUGGACGGGAGCAGGGUGGACGGGAGUGGACGGGAGCAGGGUGGACGGGAGCGGAGUGGACGGGAGUGGACGGGAGCGGGGUGGACGGGAGCGGAGUGGACGGGAGUGGACGGGAGCAGGGUGGACGGGAGCGGAGUGGACGGGAGUGGACGGGAGCAGGGUGGACGGGAGCGGGGUGGACGGGAGUGGAGUGGACGGGAGCGGAGUGGACAGGAGUGGACAGGAGCAGGGUGGACGGGAGCAGGGUGGAUGGGAGCAGAGUGGACGGGAGUGGACGGGAGCAGGGUGGACGGGAGCAGAGUGGACGGGAGCAGGGUGGACCGGCACAGAGUGGACGGGAGUGGACGGGAGCAGGGUGGAUGGGAACAGAGUGGACGGGAGUGGACGGGAGUGGACGGGAGCAGAGUGGACGGGAGCGGACGGGAGCAGGGUGGACGGGAGCAGGGUGGACGGGAGCAGGGUGGACGGGAGUGGACGGGAGCAGGGUGGACGGAGUGGACGGGAGCAGAGUGGACGGGAGCGAACAGGAGCAGAGUGGACGGGAGUGGAUGGGAACAGAGUGGACGGGAGCAGACAGGAGCAGAGUGGACGGGAGCGGGGUGGACGGGAGCAGGGUGGACAGGAGUGGACGGGAGCGGACGGGAGCAGGGUGGACGGGAGCAGGGUGGACGGGAGCAGGGUGGACAGGAGCAGAGUGGACGGGUGCAGGGUGGACAGGAGCAGAGUGGAUGGCUGUGGUGAGCAGCUGUCUGCCGGCCCCGAUCGUCGCUCCCGCACCCCAAAUCACCGUCUGGAGAGAGGUCACUCGCCUCUGCCGUCCUCUCUGGCUCCCGGGGCUCCUGACCUGCUCCCUGCCUCCGCCGCCCCUGCCUGCCACGUGGUCUUACCAGCCACACCUGGUCUGGGCCCCACAGCCCCCAGACCCAACAGCUGGCCACCGCUGACCACAGGGGGCCCGGCUGCGCUGGAAUGGCUUCUCCAGAGUGAAACAAUCUCCCGUUCCCUUGGAGACAUGGAGCUUGCAGAGGAGGCCCAGGCUGCCGGCAGCGGUCCCACAGAGCCAGAGGCCACGGCACCAGAGCCCAAGACCGCCAAGGAGGCUGAGCCCCCAAGCCCCUGCCGAGCCGAGGUGAGUCCUCCCCGAGGGGCAGCACCCCCCACCCCCCCAGGAGGCUCUGAGGAGACGGAGGGACAGGAGCCGGACAGGAGACCCCAGGAGCAGGAGGAAGAGGAGGAGGCGGCCGCAGCCAGUCCCUGGAGUGGGCCAGAGGACCUGGAGCUGGAGCUGCGGGACGGGCGGAGGUGCGUGCGGGCCCGACUCAGCCUGGCUGAGGGCCUGUCCUGGGGCCCAUUCCAGGGGACCAUCCAGACCAGAGCCGCAUCCCCCGGGCAGACAGAAGAGGGCCCAGCCCUGACCCUGAAGCUCACAGAUGAGGCCCGCUGGCUAAGGACGCUGCCCCAGGCCCUGACUGAGGCCGAAGCCAACUCGGAGAUCUACAGGAAGGACGGCGCCCUCUGGUGCCGAGUCACCAAGCCCGUGCCUGCCGGAGGACGCCUGCAUGUGGCCCUUAUGGCGGAGCCCCUGGGCACCCCCGGCCAGCCCGUGAAGGAGCCAGCAGAGCCAGAGCGCCCGGCCCCAGGGCACGCCGACAUCCAGCUGCUGCCUCAGCAGGCCGGCAUGGCCUCCAUCCUGGCAACGGCAGUCAUCAACAAAGACGUCUUCCCGUGCAAGGACUGCGGGAUCUGGUACCGCAGCGAGCGGAACCUGCAAGCCCACCUGCUCUACUACUGCGCCAGCCGCCAGCGCGCCGCGUCCCCCGCUGCCACCGCCUCCGAGGAGAAGCCCAAGGAGACCUACCCCAACGAGCGCAUCUGUCCCUUCCCCCAGUGCCGCAAGAGCUGCCCCAGCGCCAGCUCCCUGGAGAUCCACAUGCGCAGCCACAGUGGAGAGCGGCCCUUCGUGUGCCUCAUCUGCCUGUCGGCCUUCACCACCAAGGCCAACUGUGAGCGCCACCUCAAGGUGCACACGGACACACUGAGCGGUGUCUGUCACAACUGUGGCUUCAUCUCCACCACAAGGGACAUCCUCUACAGCCACCUGGUGACCAGCCACAUGGUGUGCCAGCCAGGCUCCAAGGGAGAGAUCUACUCGCCAGGAGCAAAACUCCCUGCAGACGGCCUGGCCGGUUUCCAGCAGCCCUCGGCCCUGCAGGGACCCCUGGUCUCGGCGACCACCCCAUCACCAGGACCGGACCGAAAGGCCCCGGCCGCGGCCACCAACGGGGAGGCCCCGGCGGCGCCCCAGAACGGGGGCGGCAGCGAGCCCCCGGCGCUUAUCCUCCAAAUCAGCUCUGACCAGUGUCACUGCCACGCCCACGUCUCCUACAUGCUGUCCACAGAGCCAGUGCUCUGGCCAGGCAUGCGCCUGGAAACCUGCACUUACUGA